GUAAAUAUCGAUUUAUUUCUGUGUCCCUUUAAAAAAAGGGAUCAAAUCGUGAAGGAGCGUUCGCAGGCCAUCGGCAUCAGAGAGAGAGAGAGAGGUUAGAUCUCGCGCGGCGUUGGCUCUUCGGUUUGUGACUGAAAGAAAAAGGAAGGAUGGGGGUAUCAUUCGGGAAGCUGUUCAGCAGGCUAUUCGCAAAGAAAGAGAUGCGUAUUCUCAUGGUUGGUCUCGAUGCUGCUGGUAAGACCACCAUCCUCUACAAGCUCAAACUUGGUGAGAUCGUCACUACCAUUCCCACCAUUGGUUUCAAUGUUGAGACUGUGGAAUACAAGAACAUUAGCUUUACUGUCUGGGAUGUCGGGGGUCAGGACAAGAUUCGUCCAUUGUGGAGGCACUACUUCCAGAACACGCAGGGACUUAUCUUUGUUGUUGACAGCAACGAUCGUGACCGUGUUGUUGAAGCCAGGGACGAGCUUCACAGGAUGCUCAACGAGGAUGAAUUGAGGGAUGCAGUUCUGCUUGUUUUUGCUAACAAGCAAGAUCUUCCCAACGCAAUGAACGCUGCUGAGAUCACUGACAAGCUUGGCCUUCACUCUCUCCGCCAGCGACACUGGUACAUUCAGAGCACAUGUGCCACCUCUGGAGAAGGACUCUACGAGGGACUUGACUGGCUCUCCAACAACAUUGCAAACAAGGCGUAGAAAGCCGGUAGCAGGACUCAAUCUUUGCUUGUUUUGUUUUAUACACCACUGUUGAGGGGUCUGUUUCUCUAGCUCUACAAAACGAAACCGAGUUUUUGUUAUGUCAUACAUUCUUCUUCUGUAUGUUGUUCUUCAACAAUUAGUACUUUCCUUCAAUAAAUCAUAAGUUCUUUUUUGCUUUUCGAGUUUUUGUUAUGUCAUACAUUCUUCUUCUGUAUGUUGUUCUUCAACAAUUAGUACUUUCCUUCAAUAAAUCAUAAGUUCUUUCU